AUGACUAAUAAUCAACAAUAUCAUUCUUAUCAGCUUCAUCAUAUGCUCUUUUUGGCCAUAUUUCUACCCUAUGCCAGUGGAUCUCUUAAUCCUUGCAAACUAUUAGAUCUAACUACAACACAAUUUGGCCAUUGCAAAAAGUGCCCAAUUUUACCUGAACUAAUUGAUAAUGGGAUAAAAGCAGGCAUACGAUUAUGUCGUCAAAAAUACCGCUUUCACCGUUGGAAUUGUAAAACCAAUAUGGAGUCGUCAGCUAUACGAUUUCAGGCAAUACCAAUCGGUAAAUUGCGUAAUAUAACUUAUAGACGUUAUUAUAUUAAUCUACUUUAUUAA